AUGAGAGGAACCCCCGGUUUACCCGGUGCUAUGGGAGAUCCAGGUUUGGACGGUGCACCCGGUCUGGACAUGCGAGGAUUACCAGGAAUGAGAGGAGAAGAUGGUGCUGAUGGAGAAAACGGAGAGCGAGGAGAGGCAGGUACCUCUGGAGCACCAGGAAUUAACGGUAUUGACGGUCUCAUGGGGGACGGAGGACUGCCCGGUUCCCCGGGACGAGCUGGUGUCCCUGGUACCCCAGGCCAGGGUGGAGAGCCUGGGUUAGGAGGAGAACCUGGUUCACCUGGUAGAGAUGGGUUUAACGGAGUGAACGGUCAGAAGGGUACAUCAGGAGUGAACGGUAUGCCCGGAAGACCAGGUUUGAGAGGAAUGGGAGGAACCCCUGGUUUGAGAGGACCUCCAGGAGCACCUGGUACUGCUGGAACUGAUGGUACUCCUGGUAGUCCAGGAGAAGAUGGUCGGGACGGUAAAGUACGUUACGCUCAAAAGGGAGAAAGGGGAGACCCCGGUGCUGACGGAGCUCGGGGAGCACCAGGUGACGAUGGUUUGCUGGGAUCUGGGGGAAGGCCUGGUCUGGAUGGACUCGCUGGAAUGCCUGGACGACGUGGAGGCAGAGGAGAGCCUGGAGUUCCCGGAUAUGAUGGUCAACCUGGCCUGCCUGGAGAAUUUUCUUACAAAAUUAUCCUUUGUAUUCAGGGAUUCUUGUUCACUCCACAUUCCGGACCUUUACUGAUAGUUGAAAUUCGACAUAUGACGUCAUCUAGCGUCAUCUAG